CCGUCGUGCGGAGUGACGCACACGUUCGCGGCGGCACCAGCGGACCGGGCGAGCUCUCGGGCGCAGCGGGUAACGACUGUCGAGAAACUUUGCCAGCACUGUCGUCACCAUGCCGGCAUCAGCAGGCGAUGGGACGGCGCUGAUUUUCUCCGUCAACAAUCAGCCUCAGCAAGUUCUAAAACGAUCAGCCAAUGAUGGCGGCGUCACCAGUGACGUCACGUCCACUACGACGCUGGCCGACUACUUACGCCUGCACCAGCAGCUGCCGGGCACCAAGACCAUGUGUCGCGAGGGCAUGUGCGGAGCCUGUGUCGUCACCGUGACGUCACAGAACCCGGCCACGGGUCAGAUGGAGAGUCGUGCCGUUAACUCCUGCAUGGUGCCCAUCAAGGCCUGCCAGGACUGGCAAAUAGAGACGGUGGAGGGGAUUGGCAAUAGGAGGGACGGCUACCACCCGGUGCAGGCUCGCCUAGCGCACAUGAACGGCACCCAGUGCGGCUACUGCAGUCCCGGCAUGGUCAUGUCCAUGUACAGCCUGCUGAAGUCGAACGGGAAGGUGUCGCCGGAGGAGGUGGAGCAGGCCAUGGACGGCAACCUCUGCCGCUGCACCGGCUACAGGCCCAUCCUGGACGCCUUCAAGACCUUCGACAAGGACGCCGACGACAAGACCAAACGCCUUGUCGCGGACAUCGAGGAGACAGCCGGCUGUCAUGGCCGCUCUGGCGGCUCUUGUCAGCCGACCGUGGCCUGCGCCGGCUGCCCCCGUGCGGCCGCCCUGACUUCGGCCAAGGACGACUGGCGCCUGCCCACCACCCUGCAGCAGGCUCUGAGUGACCUCUCCAACAUGACGGUGGGCGACAAGAGCGUGCGCCUCGUGGCUGGCAACACCUCCAUGGGCGUUCUCGACAAGUACGACGCCCCGUCUGACGGCUACAUCUCUCUGCUGAAAAUCCCCGAACUCCGCGCCAUCAAGCGGCCGGCGAACGGCAGCAACUGCCGAAUUAUCCACGACGCUCCCCGAGCCGUGUUCGGCGCGGCCGUCACCCUCUCUGAGCUGAUCGAAGAACUAAAGCUGUUGAGUAAGACCGCCGGGUACCGCCACUGUGCCGAGAUGGUCAAGCAUCUCCAGCUGGUGGCCAACACUCCGGUGAGGAACGCCGGCACCUGGGCCGGCAACCUGAUGAUCAAGUACCAGGCACAGGGAGUUCCCGUCCGACGUCUUCCUGCUGCUCACGGCAGCCAAGGCCAAGCUCAAGAUCGCCGAGGGAAGGAAGCUGGAAGAAAUUUCUGUGGAAAAAAUGUUCGAGAUCAGCAUGAAAAACAAGAUCAUCGUCUCCAUGAGCCUGCCUCCAAUCGACGAGAAAAAAUAUGUGUUCAAGUCUUACAAGAUCACCCCGCGGCCAUCAGCGCCCACGCAUACGUCAACGCGGCCUUCGUGCUGCCGUUCGACCCGGCCACAGCUAAGAUCACCGAGCGCCCCACGCUGCUGUUCGGCGGAAUCAGCGGGACUUUCGUGCACGCGGUCGCAACGGAGCGUUACCUGACCGGGCGCUGCCUGGCGGAGCAGGCCACCCUGAAGGGGGCGCUGGCCACGCUGCUGGACGAAGUGCGGCCCGACCCGGACCCCGAGAUGGCGGACGUCGCCUACAGGAGGACGCUCGCCUCCAACCUGCUGUACAAGGUGAUCUUACACACGCUGGGCGAUCGGGUGCCGGCCCAUCUAAGGUCCGGGGGUCAGGACCUGACCCGGUCACUGGUGCGUGGCACGCAGGAGUUUGACACGGACAAGACACUCUGGCCGGUCAACAAGGCCGUGCCCAAGCUGGAGGCGCAGAUCCAGACGUCAGGGGAGGCCGAGUACGUGGACGACCAGCCCGAGCUGCCGGGGGAGCUGCACGGCUACUACGUGCUCACCAAGGUCGCAAACGCCAAGCUCGGCGCCAUCGACGCUUCGGCCGCCAUGGCCGUGAAAGGAGUUCGAGCGUUCUUCACCGCGAAGGACUUCAUCGGCUCUAACGAAUACUACUCAUUGAGUGAAUUUCUCCCCGCUUUUGGCAUCGAUUCCACCAAGAUGACACUCGAAGAGGUGUUCGCUCGGGACACGGUGCGGUUCUGCGGCCAGCCCGUCGGCCUGGUGGUGGCCGACACCCAGGCGAUCGCCCGCACGGCGGCAGCACUAGUCCGUGUCGAGUACCUGCAGGUGGCGAAGCCGGUGAUCAGCAUCAAGGAGGCGCUGAAAACCCAGCCAGAGGGCAGACAGCAGAGCACCUUCGUGCCGGCCAACGUCACCACCGGGGACGCGGAAGCCGCCAUGAAGGGCGCCCCGCACCGCGCUUCCGGAGAGUGGGAGAUGGGCUCGCAGUACCACUUCUACAUGGAGACCCAGUCGGUGCGGGUGGUGCCCUGCGAGGACGGCCAGCUCAACGUCUACUGCGCCGCGCAGGGCAUGCGAGACGUGGCCGACCGGGUGUCCGACGCUGUCAACAUCCCCACCAACAAGAUCAACUGCGAGUUGCGUCGCAUAGGCGGCGGGUACGGCGGCAAGACGACCAACCCGCUGCCAAUCGCUAGUGCUGCCGCCCUGGCGGCCGUCAAGCUCAACAAGCCGGUGCGGAUCGUGCUGGACAUCGAGACCAACAUCUCCAUGUGCAGCGGCCGCGUGCCGUACCUGAUCUCAUACGAGGUUGGCUUCGACGACUCCGGCAAGAUCUUGGCCCUGAAGAUGCACCUGAUCGGUGACCAGGGGUACUCUAACAGCAUACUCAGCUUCGCCGAGCUGGCGGAGGCCAUAAGCAUGACAAAGAACGUUUACAACGCCGACAACUGGCUCGUCACGCCCGGAACUGUCUACACCAACCAGCCGCUCUUUACCGCCUGCAGGGCGCCCGGCUCCACGAACGCCAUCGCUGCGAUUGAGAUGGUGAUGAACCGCGUGGCUCACCAGCUGGACAAGGACCCGUGGGAGGUGCGCCUGGCCAACUUUGCCCUCCCCACCGACGCCGUCCCCACGCCUUUGGGUACGGAGCAGGACAGCAAGGUGUUUAAGAUGCUGAUCGACGAGAUGUUUGACAAGGGGGAAAUCAACAAGAGGAAGGCCGAGAUAGAAGUAUUCAAUCAGGCCAACCGCUGGCGCAAGCGAUCGCUGGCGCUGGUGCCGAUGCGGUACCCGGUGAAGCAGGUGUCCAAGAUGAUGGCGCUGAUCUCUGUUUACGACAAGGACGGCACGGUGGCCUUGUCCCACGGGGGCGUCGAGAUGGGUCAGGGACUCAACACCAAGAACUAUUAUCCACCCACUCACAAGGACAUGCCGAGGGACUUCCGAGUGAAGCUGCUGAAGAACAACAAAAACGACAUCGGCAUCUUCAACUCGAAGGCCACCGGAGAGCCGGCCACCUGCAUGAGCAGCGUCUGCCUCAUGGCACUGCAACAGGCGGUGGCGGCGGCGCGCAGAGACGGUGGGCACAAGGACUGGAUCACGUUCAACUGCCCGGGCACCGUGGAGGCCGCUCAGACAGCGUGCCAGACGUCUGCCGAGCUGCUCGUGCUCUCGUAGAGCCGCGCCGGCUGAGACUGCUGCCGCCGGGAUCACCUGACUGGACCGGAGGCUGGGCCUGCACCGGCGACGGCAGCGAAAAACGCACCAGCGCCAGCCGAAGCUCAUGCCGUAUCGGGUACAUUAUAUAUGUCACGUAACAUUGGUUGAGGUCGUGAUUUCCGGAGAAAUCGACCUUGUUUUUCAGGGUUUGCGGGCGCUAGUCUGGUUGUGUUUUUGUUUUGUUUGGUGGCGUGCUUCGAUCAUCUUUCCUUGCUUCUUGUUACAACGGCGACUUUUUCAAUGGACAACCUGAGAUAUUGUCAUAUACGCUCGUCAUAGACACGUCCGUGGGCAUAUGCGUGAAUGCGCAGGUGCGACCAACGAGAAGAAUGUGCGACUCAAGAAAAGCAUGGGUAGAAAUUAAGGUCGCAGUAGCUACAGAUGUAUGGCCCUGGCCUAAAAGCUCUGCUGUACCUCAUUGAGGGGUAAACAUGUCCCCUAAGAAAUCGUUUCUGCGAAGUGUAUUAACGGGAUUCCCUGGCGAAGAUGUUAAGUCCUAACAAUGCACAACUCCAUGCUUACUUGUGUUAACUUGACGUUUCAGCUUUUCACCCAAAAAAAUACGCCGCGGCUAACUUUUUAUAGCUUGCGUUAACACAGCUUUGUUUUUAGCAAUAUUAGCGGGUGCAGUACUCCUGCGUGCUUUUUUUAGGUAACAAAGAUAACUUAACAAAACAGUAAAAAAAACAUGUGCAAUUUAAGCAAGAAUAACCGAAUUUCGUGCACGUGCUCUGCACUUUACGGGGUUUUAGUAAAAAAAGUUGGAUUAUGACCCCAAUUGCGAAACUCUUCAUACAUCCGCGACAACCAGCGGAAAUGAAUGUGACAGCCAUGCGAUUUGAAUGUGCUCUGAUGAUUUGUCUCACCUACCGAUGAACUACUAAUGUGUAGCGAAAUGCAAUAUUCUCUGACGUCCAUUUGUCAAAAUGUGCUCUGGGCUCGGAAAGCAUAGAUAAUAAAUAAAUGGUGGAGGGAAUUUGUCUUGACUGAAUAGAUAGUCGUCAAAUGCAUCCGUCUACCUGUUC